AUGCUUUGCCGCGCGGCGGCGCUCUGCUGCGGUCUUCUCGUGGCAGCCUUGAAGACUUCAGAUGUGGACCUGGAUUCCUCAGAGGUAUCUGUGAUGCUGCUCCAGCACUCUGUGGAUGCUUUGGGCACCGGGAAGAUAUUUAUCGACACCGGCCUCUUGGAACAGAGGCAGGAAGAGAAGGCCGGUCAGAACGUGUCGCAGCCCCAAAACUCCGAGACUUGUCUGACAAAAGAUGUUCAAGCGAUCCUUUCUGGAUUGAAAGACACCGAUCAGACCUUGUCAUGGGGCCUCGGCUUGCCGGCCGUUGCUCUCUUCUUCAUCAGUGCGGUGGUGCUUCUUUUCGGCCACCGAUUGGUAGCCCCUGUGGUCCUCACAACUUCGGCUUGUGCCGGUUUCUACUUCACCUUCGAGCUGCUGAAGGCUACCUUCCCCGCUUCCUGCGCAGUGCCGGUUUGGGGUGGCGUUUUGAUGGGCGUCGUGGCUGCGGCCGCCGCCGCGUUCUUCAUUGAGCUGGCCAUCAUCAUUCCUGGGGCUCUCUUCGGGACGGUCCUCGCGUAUCAAGCGCAAGUCUUCCUGACCAGCGUCUCUCCCCAUCUGCGGAAUGCUCCCAUCAUGGUGAAGUACUACUGGGUCGUGGCACUUCUUUCUGCACUCGUCUUUGCCUUCGUCGCACACAAGUUGCGGGAGGACAUCUUCAUCCUCAUAACAUCGGCCCUGGGCGCGUUUGGCGCGACCAUAGCUACGCGCGGCCUCUUGCUGGACUAUGCUCAUGUUCAUAUGAGCGACAUAUCAGAGUUCAUUGUGAUGGUGGCCACAUUCAUCCUCGGAAUGGUCUACCAGCAUCGAUCCUACAAGCAGAGCAGCUAG